AUAGCCAAAAAAGAAAACAAAAUUAUCCUCGACUUUCAUAUUAUUUCGUCAGAUUUUUACUGCGAAUUUCAUUUAAUAACUACACCCUUCUGAGGGUCUUUUCAGUUGCUGAAAUAAGAUGGAAAGAACAAGAACAUUAGUUUUUAUAAGCUGUCUGGUGUUAUUGGGCAAUGAAUCAGCCUCUAUUAAUCCCAAUAUCGAAAUCUUAAACCGCAUGCUUAGUGACAUGGAUGAAAGAGCCAACCCGUGCCAGAACUUCUACAACUCCUCCAGAAAGAAUCUGGAAUGGGGUGAAUCACCGACGGUAAACGCCCAGUUUAAAGUCCUAUUCGAAGGACUGAAGAACCAAUCCUUUAAAGAGCACAGCUUGGAGGAGAAAGUGCGACGUUUCUACCAAAUAUGUCUGGGAUCGUCAAAGGCCCCAGGUCCUAUAAAGUACUUUAAGCUGGUGCCACCGGGUGAAAACCUACCUUGGCCUCAUCUUACACCCAACGGAAGUGAAUGGCCCAAGGAAAAGUUCAAAUGGAUGGAGACACUGGCACGACUUCGUCGGUAUGGCUUAAAUGACGUCAUGUUUGGAAUGAAUGUAAGACUAGAUCCAGACAGUGGCCAUCCCAUAGUGGUUAUUGAAAGAAAGUACAAUUUCCGAUUCCGUUUCCUCGAAUCUUUACUCGGCCUUGGCCUGUCCCACGAAAUGGUUAUGGAAAUAGCGCCACUGGAUCAUGCCCUUCGAGAAAUGUAUAUAUUAGAUAAGCAGUGGGAAGAUGAGGGAAGAAACUCUCCAAAGCGACGGAUUAGUCUAAGGGAACUGGAGUUUUAUGGGGUGUUCCUAACCGAAUAUCUCGAGAUCGUCUUUGGUCGCCAAUUUUUGCCGGACUUUGAAGUGCACAUGGAAAAUCUGUACUACAUGAUGAGGCUCCAGGAAUUAAUGACCGCCGUCGAUAACCAGGUGGUGGCCCAUUACCUCUCGGCACGCUUCCUCUUUUAUUCGAUGUUUACUCUAGCAAAAUCAAAACAUGGUGGUGUCAACUCUUGUGUGAAUGUCAUGCGUUUCUGCCUGGAAUUCGCCAGCAAUCUUCUAUACGAGGAGCAGGUUUUGGGACGCAGAAGGUUCCGUAGCUACAUGAACCAGGCCGAAAAGGUGUUUGAAGCCAUGCGCAAUCAGCUCCUCAUCAGGGUGGAAAGAAACUCCCUAAACCUGACAAUCCCAGAGAUAAAUUCCCUGCAGAACCGGUUGAAGAGCUUGUCCCUGAGUAUUGGGAACCUGCCCGGAAAGGGCGGACACCGGCGAUUUGUAACUGAUUUCUAUAAGGAUCUGGAGUUUGAAGUCGACGAGGAUCUCGAGACUGCCCAACUCAAGGUAUUGAAGUUUCGAACGAACAUUGAGUUAAGCCUUCUGGACAACCCAGUUGCCAAAACCAGGCGAUACGUCAUCCAUUCUUAUCCCAUCUCAAAUAACUUUUUCGAAACUGCAAUUGAGGAAAAUGGCAACACUAUCUAUCUAUCCUACGACAUUCUAGAGGAUUCUUCGUUUGAUCCCGACGCCCAUGACAUAUUCAAGAUGAUUCCCCUGAGCAUCUUCAUUGGAAUGAGAAUGUUAGGAAGUUUAAAUAUUGUAGAAAAAUGCGAGCAGAAUGACGUAAAUUUACUUAACUUGUUCGAUGAUAACCAGAUUAUAACCGGCAGAUACACUUGUGCGAACUUAUGGGAGCCAAAAUGGGAGCAGAACUUGCGCGAAGAGUAUCUCCUGAACCUGAAUUUGGCCUACGAAGCCUAUUUCGCAGAGGGUUCUAAGUUCAGCCAGAGACAACCCAACUUUACUACAAUGUCCCUAAGAGAGUUGUUCUUCUUGAGGUUUGGCCAGAGCACUUUGGGCAAUAAUUUGUAUUCCCGAAGCGAUUUCGUUAAGGGCGGUCCACCCAUCAAUUCCGUGACCAUGCUUCCCGCUUUUGUUCAGACCUUUAACUGUCUGGAUAAUGGAAAGGUUUUCAUCCAGAAAGAUGGAAUAUAGUGAUAAGAAAAAGUUGAUACAUACAUUUUCUCUACCUCAUUGUAAAGUGAUACUAUACAUUACAUAUAUGAUACAAUCAAGAUAUUUCGUUUUCUGCUUUAGGCGUCUAUCAAAUAAAUACAGACAUUUAC